AUGGACGAAGAGGAGCCGCGAUCGGUCUCAGUCGACCGCGAGCAAGACCCCCUUUCCGUGAAGCGCGUCGCUUCCGAUGAACCAAGUAGCAGCAGCGCCUCUGAGAGCAAAAGGAUCAAGGUUUCUCACAACGGGCCGGCAAAACCGGACCUUCAAUCUCAGCCCGUCCUCGAGAGGGUCCCAUUCCCAGAGAAGCCUGCCGUUUUGGAAGAAAGGAACGGCGAGAUCCAAUUUCGAGUUGUCAACAACGAUGGCGAGAGACAUAGCAUGAUAAUCCUUACGGGGCUUAAAUGUCUGUUUCAAAAGCAACUCCCGAAAAUGCCGAAGGAUUACAUCGCACGGCUGGUCUACGACCGCACUCAUUUGUCUAUAGCCAUCGUCAAAACACCACUGGAGGUCAUUGGCGGAAUCACAUACCGAGAGUUCCGGGACCGCAAGUUUGCCGAAAUCGUUUUUUGUGCCGUCUCAUCUGAUCAGCAAGUCAGAGGGUACGGAGCGCAUCUGAUGGCCCAUUUGAAGGAUUACGUCAAAGCCACCGGCCCGGUGAUGCACUUUCUCACCUAUGCCGACAACUAUGCGACUGGAUACUUCCAGAAGCAGGGCUUUUCCAAGGAAGUAAACCUCGACAAGUCUCUCUGGAUGGGCUACAUCAAAGACUAUGAAGGAGGGACGCUGAUGCAAUGCUCCAUGCUUCCUCGGAUCCGGUAUCUCGAGGCUGGUCGGAUGCUUCUUAAGCAAAAGGAAACUGUGCUCGCCAAGAUACGCAACCUCAGCAAGAGCCAUAUCAUCCAUCCACCCCCUCCACAAUGGGCCAACGGUACGAUCACUGUCAUAGAUCCGCUCUCCAUCCCUGCUAUCCGGGCAACAGGUUGGUCUCCGGAUAUGGAUGCGUUAGCACGGGCGCCGCGCCGUGGACCUCACUUCAACGAACUCCGGCGUUUUCUGUACGAAAUCCAGAACCACAAACAGGCAUGGCCUUUCCUCAAUCCUGUCAACAAAGAGGAGGUCCCGGAAUACUACGACACCAUUACUUCGCCAAUGGAUUUGUCAACGAUGGAGGAGAAGUUGGAGCGCGAUCUCUAUCCUACCCCGGGAGAUUUAGUCGCUGACAUGAAGCUGAUUUUCAACAACUGCCGUCAAUAUAAUGAGGCAUCAACGGUAUACUUUAAGUGUGCGAACAAGCUGGAGAAGCACAUGUGGACUCUAAUUAAGGAAGUGCCUGAGUGGUAUGACUUGCUUGAAGAAUGA